AUGCUUCGGAUCCUCUGCCUGGCGCUCUGUGGCCUGCUGACUGGUUCUCGAGCUGACCCUGGGGCCCAGCUGCGGCUGGGCAUGGACAUCAUGAACCAUGAGGUCCAGAGUGCCAUGGACGAGAGCCACAUCCUGGAGAAGAUGGCAGCUGAGGCAGGCCAGCCCCGGCCAGGGAUGAAGCCCAUCAAGGGCAUCAAAGAUGUGAAGGUGAAGGAUGUGCUGACACCGGUUAUCACACUGAACGUCGUGCCUGGGGAGGGCAUCUUCCAAUGUGUAUCCACGGGCAUGACCAUCACUGGCAAGAGCUUCAUGGGGGGGAACAUGGAGAUCAUCGUGGUCUUGAACAUCACAGCCACCAACCGGCUUCUACAGGACGAGGAGACAGGCCUCCCCACAUUCAAGAGCGAGGGCUGUGAGGUCAUCCUGGUCAACGUGAAGGCCAACCUGCCCAGCAACAUGCUGCCCAAGGUGGUCAACAAGUUCUUGGACAGCACCCUGCACAAAGUUCUCCCUGGCAUGAUGUGCCCUGCCAUCGAUGAAGUCCUGGUAUAUGUGAACAAGAAGUGGGCCAACCUGUACAACCCCGGGCCCGUGGGCCAGUUCGGCACUGUCAAAUACCUUCUGGCAUCUGUCCCGACUCCCACAGCCAGCAACAUCCAAGUGGACUUCAGUCCGGAGGUGCAGAAGCAAGGGGGUAGUGCCAUCGAGAUUGCUGAUGGGCAGACCCUGGAGCUGCCUGAGGGCUAUGCUGAAGGAUCCUCACAGCUGUUGCUCUCAGCUGCCUUCCUCACUGCAGAGCUCACCCUUCUGCAGAAGUCCUUUGAUGUGAAGAUCAAGGAUAAGAAGAUUGGGAAGCUGCCACAAACCACGAAGACAUUGGCUGACCACAUCCCUGCAGUGGCUGAGGCCUAUCCCAAGCCGAAGCCCUUGGUGACCCAGAUCAAGAUAAACAAGCCCCCCAAGGUCACCAUGAAGAUGGGCAAAAGCCUGCUGCAUCUCCAUGGCACCCUGGAGAUAUUUGUGGCACGGCGGCGUGGCAAGCCGGUGUCUCUCUUCCUCCUGGAAGUUCACUUCAACCUGAAAGUUCAGUUUUCAGUGCGCAAGAACCAGCUGCACAUGACCACAUCUUUUAACAGCUUGCUGAGCCUGUCCCGGGAGUCUUCCUCCAUUGGUAACUUCAAUGAGAAGGAUUUGACUGACUACAUCACUGAUUAUCUCCAAGAAGGCUAUGUCCCAAAGGUUGAAGAUGUGCUCCAGGUUGGGCUCCCCCUCCCGGACUUCCUGGACAUGAACUACAACCUGGCAGUGCUGGAUGUAGCGGAGAACACUCUGGUCCUGGACUUGAAGCUGAACUGAUGGAGGCAGGAGCCAUCUGCCAGCUGCCUGCGCACCACCAAGCAGCUGCACCCAUGGAGGAGCCCCAGUGCAGCCAAAUGGACCCCGCCCACUGCUGGCGGCUGCUUUCUGUGAUAAGGAAGAGUGGAAUGGCGGUGGGCUCUGGGCUGGGGCC